CGUGUGCUAUACUUCCAGAUAAAGAGUUGAUGAGUUACCAAAUGCGGUCGUUCUGAGGCAUUUACAUUCUAAUCUGUCAGGUGAUCACAAAAAACACGGUGCCUGCUCUUUCAGUGUAGAGUCAGAGACGUUUGAUUUGUUUGUGCCGUCGCGAGAAGAAUUUUACCCGUUCAUGCGCUCGACACAGGGAUGGCAACGCUGAACCUCAACGAUGUCCUGGAUGGCAUCGAGGAGCAACCUGAAGAGUUCGCUGACGUCACGGCCGUCGUCCUAGAGCCGCCGGAGGUCCGCGUCGACACCGACGAAGACUCUGGCGACGAGGAGACUGCCGACCUGGCCCACCUGACGGGGCCGCAACUGGUCGCUCCCGCCGAGAUCGUCGGUCGAGACGCCGUAGACGAGCCAAUGUCCAAGAAACAGACCUGGUCGUUCAAGAAAGGCGCUUCAAAGUCUGGACUGCCGAUGUUUCCAGACGGUGACUACCGCCCCUACAGCGGCAUGAUGCCGCAAGAGCUGUUCGAGCUGUUCUUCACAAGCGACCUUCUCGAGCACGUGCAAGAGCAAAUCAGGCUAUACUGUGCUUUCAAAGGGAAGCAGGACCCGCUCGUCACAGUCGAAGAACUGAAAGUGUUCCUGGGAAUCCUCAUCCUCAGUGGGUACGCCUCCUACCCCCGUCGACGCAUGUAUUGGGAAGAAACCCCUGACGUUGGCAACAAUCUAGUCGCAAAUGCAAUGCGGCUCAACCGGUUCGAAAAGAUCAUGGAGGUGCUUCACUUCCAGGACAACACCAAACUUGACCCUGAUGAUCGGUUCUGCAAGCUCCGGGGGGUGUCCAACCACCUGGAGCAGCAGUUCAUGAAACACUUCGUGCCCACUCAGAGUCUCUCCCACGACGAAGCUCUGGUCGAGUACUUCGGUCGCCACUCCUGCAAGCAGCACAUCAUCCAGAAGCCGAUCCGAUUCGGAUAUAAGAUCUGGUGUCUAAACACUCCAUCUGGAUACUGCGCGGCCUUCAACUUCUACCAGGGCAAACACGGCAAGCGGAAUGAAGAGAUGGUCAAGCAGUUCGGCAAGUCUGCCGCUACGGUGCUGGAACUGCUGGACAAGCUUCCCCCAGAGAUCGCAAAACUCCCGUUCCACAUCUGCUGCGACAACCUGUUCACAUCCCUCGACCUCCUAGCGGAGAUCCAGAGGCGCGGGUUCCAUGGCACUGGUACCAUGCGAGCGAAUCGCCUUCCGAAGGCAAACAAGCUCACUGACGUCAACGCCUUCAAGAAGAAGCCGAAGGGGACCAUGGAAGAAGUUACGGCUUCCAGUAACAGCUCCAGUGUGGCUGUCGUCCGCUGGAUGGACAACAACGUGGUCACCGCUGCGUCCACCGCCUUCGCUGCAACGCCGGCUGGCUCUGUGAAACGCUUCAGCAGAAAAGACAAGAAGAAGACGGAGGUGCCGGCCCCAGCAGCGAUCCUGGCGUACAACCAAGGGAUGGGUGGCACAGACCGCCAGGACCAAAAUGUAAACAAGUACAGGAUCGCGAUUCGGGGUAAGAAGUGGUGGUGGGCCCUCUGGACAUGGCUCAUCGACGUCGCGGUGCAGAACGCGUACGAUUUGGCCCAGAAGGCUGGAAGCCCUUCUGCUGAAGAUCAGCUGGAGUUCCGGCGUGCAAUCGCCCGCUUCUACCUGCAACACUACGGGACCCCACGCUCUGGCAAAGGACGCCCCCGUGCAGAUGAUCCGACAGCCACAGAACUGCGCUUCGACGGGCGUAACCAUGUGAUCCAGCGAUCAUCAAAAGCGUAGGGUGUGUGCUUACUGUAGGGGCGCCCGUCCUACGAGUGUGCAAAGUGCAACGUUGGCCUGUGCACUGGGUGCUUCGCUGUGUUCCACACUCGCUAGAAGCUGGGUGUUCUGUAGGUGUACGGCCAAUGAAGGUCUGGCUAGCGUUCGUAAGCUUAGCCUCACAGUUCCAGUUACGCACGUUAUCAAACAAAAUGUGCAAUGCAAUGUGUGUAUGUGUUGCAUUUCGCGUGUUUCGUGGCCCAGGAUGCAGUGCAGUUGCACAGUCCACUGCAGUGCUGCUGAUUUUCAGCAUUGAUCCAGAAACGAGUAAGAACCCUGGCAGCAUUUUUGCUGCACCGUUCAAAGUCCAGUCGAAGUGCCCUUGGGAUGACGAAUUUCUCAGGUCUUGAUCUGAUGUCACAACUCACACGCUGCGUGUGUUUAUCUGGCCAAAGGUUAUUAGUGAUAAGUGAAUACCAACACAGUCCCAUAAAUAUGUGCCUGAAAUGUGUUUGCUGAUUUAUCAUUCAAUAUAAGUGAAACAUGUUUUGGACAUUUGUUUCUAAGUUCAAUGUAUUUAUUUAUGGAUUGUAACCGUCAUUUUCAAAGAGCUCUAAAGAACACAUCAUAGCAUAGGUAUAUCAUAUCUGACCAUACAGACCAUACACACAACAUAGGUCCCCUCAGGCUGAGGGCAGAGUCGUCCCCACCCCAACUUGCCCUUCACACAUUUCCCCUCAAGUGCGCAUGACGUUAGCAAUGUAUCAGGGAUAUCGGACAUAUUAUUUCAGGACGGCGGCAGCAGACUUAACAAUUGUCUUAUUGGACGCUGGCAUAGACGUACAUUUUUGUACGUCACUUUGAGCGACCAUACCAGGCAAGGGCAAAAUGCAAAAACAAAAUAAUUAGUGUCAGGGGCGUAGAAACAUAUUGUUUAAUAAUGCUACAAAGUUUCAAACAAAAAAUCGGCAAAAAAAUAAUUCAUGCAUAUAUGGGUUAAUACAUAUCUUACCAGCGCUGGGGAAAGGGGGUUGGGGGGUUGGACGUAUCCUGCGUUUUUCGCAGAUAUUGAGUAA